AGCACUCAGGGGAAAAUUGGGGGUGUUGGAAUUAGGAGGAGGAGAAGUAAGCCUGAUGGAACCAGCAUAAGACGUGAGACCAGAACUGAAACGACAGACGGAACCGUAAAAGCAGCUCAAGGAAGAAACUUCAAAUAUUAUCAUCCAAACAGAGAUGACCUCACUGUGCAGGACCGUGGCUCUGCUUCUCCUUUUCAUCCACUCCCACCUCUUCACUCAAGCUCUCCCGACUUCACCUCCUGCCACUCGACGUCCACAAAUUUUGUUUGUAACCGCUAUGGACUUUGUUGAUGACUACUAUUACGAUGGUGACUCGCACAGCGACAGCACCCCUCCCAGGAUCCGAGCUUCUGUGAGGCCACCCCUGCUCCUCCAUGAGCCCCAGCUCUGCCAGUACAAUCCCUGUCUGGAGAAUCAGGAGCCCUGUGCCCACCUGUCAGCACAAACUGGGUGCCUCUGUCCUGGAAUGACUGGGAUUGAUACGCCUCCACAUGCACCACGAAUCCAACAAUUGCUGCCCAUCAGUGAAGGGGAUGAUGCAGGGAAGGUGGAGGUACGCUGGUGUGCUCCAUCCUCAGCAGUGUCUGGUUACAGAGUGGUGGUGGAGGGACGGGGAGGGGAUGCCAUGGAAUUUGGCGAGGCUUUGCGACGGGGGACAGUGGGAUCUUUGGAAGUUGGAACUAAGGUGUGUGUAGAGGCGGUGAACCUUGCAGGGCAUAGUGUGCCUACAGAAUUCUCCUGCAUGCGGUACAACCCUCCUGAAUCUUCCAACCAUAUGCUGGCAGGGGUCAUAGGGGGAGGAGUAGCCUUCCUUCUACUCAUCUCCAUAGUAGCUGUGAUCCUGUGGAAAUAUCAAACAUGUGUAAAGGGAAAGAGAGACUCCACUGAGGGAUUAGGGAACCCGUCUUACACCACCGAGGGACACUUGUAAAGAGGACAACACAGAGCUAAAGCUCCCUUAGAUAUGGGAUACAGCACAAACAUCGCCUUUACUGUGAUGGUACUGAGUUUUAGAAUAAUUAAGGUAAUGUUUACACUCCUGUUUCAAGGAAUAUGUGCUGUAAAUAUGAACAGAACGUAGCAUCAGUGCUCAUAGAGUAAGAAAAAUGUAGAUGUCGUAAUUUGGGGCAAAAACUACAGGUUUAUUUGCUGGCAAAUUAACUUCUGUAGAGAUGUAUAGUUUCUUUAAAUCUUCUGACAGAGUGAUUGUAAAUAGUCUUUAGGAUACACUAUAAUUUCUGUACUAAACUAAAACUCAUUUUAAUAAACCACUGCACAAUG